AUGGGCCUCCCGAAAGUCUUCGCCAACAUCGACACCGGCAAGGUGACGAACAACGAGCUGCUGGAUGCGGCGCAGCCGUCGGCGUUCGAGUUCCUGGGGCUGAGCAAGAAGCAGCGGCUGUACGGGUUCUUUGGGUGUCUGGUCGGCGGGUUUGCGGUGUCGAUGAUCGGGUCGAUCUUGUUCGUGUUCGGCAGCCUCGUCAGCUUCGCCCUGCUCUACACCCUCGGCAUCCUCAUCUCGCUGACCGGGACCGGCUUCCUGAUCGGCUUUGCACGACAGAUCAAGACGAUGUUCAAGCCGGUGCGGGUGGUGGCGACGGUGCUGUUCCUCGGCUGUGUGAUCAUGGUGUUUGUGUCUGCGUUUGCGAUCAAGAACGACGUGCUGGUGCUGGUGUUCGCGGUGCUGACGUUCUUCUCGUACACGUGGUACUCCCUCUCCUAUAUCCCGUAUGCACGCGCGCUCGUCAGCAAGGCCGUCGGCUCGGCGGUCUGA